AUGUCGCCUUCUCUCCGGCUGAGCCUGAAGAGAAAGAGUUCAGUGUGUGUCACAGUGUUUGACACAUUUCUGUCUGAUGAAGUUCUCAUCAGACAGGCAGCAGCUCUCCAUGCUUUAAAUCAUCUCAGCAGGGGAGUAAGAAGCGGGGAAUUUAAAAACAACCUCCCACUGACUGCAGCUUGUUUGUUUGCAACAUAAAGCCCCGUAUGUUCUUCUACAACUAUGCGUAAUUUUAAGAUUCCUUAGGAGUUCGUGCCUAAAAGUGCGCACUUCUACGUUGCGCACCUCACGCCUUGCGCUCCCCCUAAUAUCAUCGUCUUCAUCUUCAUCGGAUCUAGAGCAGCAGCAGCAGCAGCAGCAGUUCAGCCGUCGAACCAUCUGAAAAUGGCUGAGCUCCGUCCGGCCCGGUUCCGGAGGAGCUGCAGUCUGACUCUGACCGGGUUCAUGUGCGUUUUGUUGCUGGUUUUGGUCUCGGUCGUCUCCGCUAGUCGUGAAGUUGUGUCGGGAAACAACGAGACGUGGAGAGAUCCAGACAGAGAGACACAAGAGGACCCCCAUCACCAAACUAACUCCACUGCUCACAAAAAGGCUUUCCCCGUCCUCUCCUUCAACUACGACUACGUCAGGAAGCCCUUUGAGAUCUCUCUGUGGAUCCUCCUGGCCCUGCUCAUGAAACUUGGUUUUCAUAUCAUUCCCAAUGUAUCAAACAUCGUCCCAGAGAGCUGUCUGCUGAUCGGCGUUGGUCUGCUGGUGGGCGGCGUCAUCAAAGCCAUCGGGGAGGAAGCCCCCGUCCUCGACACAAAGCUCUUCUUCCUUUACCUGCUGCCUCCCAUCAUCCUCGAUGCUGGCUACUUCCUGCCCAUCCGGGACUUCAUGGAGAACAUGGGCACCAUCCUAGUAUUCGCCGUUGUUGGGACUCUGUGGAACGUCUUCUUCAUCGGCGGGAUGAUCUACGGUGUGUGUCAGAUUGAAGGCGCCGAGCUGGGCAGCGUGGACCUGCUGUCCUGCCUGCUGUUCGGCUCCAUCAUCUCGGCCGUGGACCCUGUGGCCGUCCUGGCCGUGUUCGAGGAGAUCCACAUCAACGAGCUGCUGCACAUCCUUGUGUUCGGAGAGUCGCUGCUCAACGACGCCGUUACUGUGGUUCUGUAUCACCUGUUCGAGGAGUUUUCUCACGCAGGAACUGUGACUGUGGUCGACGCCUUGCUCGGGGUCGUCUGUUUCUUUGUGGUUUCACUGGGAGGCGUCAUGGUGGGAGUCAUCUACGGCAUCCUGGGUGCCUUUACCUCCCGCUUCACCUCGCACACCCGAGUCAUCGAGCCCCUGUUUGUUUUCCUCUACAGCUACAUGGCUUACCUCUCUGCCGAGGUCUUCCACCUGUCGGGCAUCAUGUCGUUGAUCGCAUGUGGCGUGAUGAUGCGGCCGUACGUGGAGGCCAACAUCUCCCAUAAGUCAUACACCACCAUCAAAUAUUUCCUGAAGAUGUGGAGCAGUGUGAGCGAGACGCUCAUCUUCAUUUUCCUCGGUGUUUCCACGGUGGCCGGUCCUCACGCCUGGAACUGGACCUUCGUCAUUUUCACUGUCGUCCUCUGUUUGGUGUCGAGAGUGCUGGGAGUCAUUGGCCUCACGUACAUCAUCAAUAAAUUCCGUAUUGUGAAGUUGACCAAAAAGGAUCAGUUCAUCGUGGCCUACGGUGGCCUGCGAGGUGCCAUCGCCUUCUCACUGGGGUUCCUGCUGACCAACAGCGAGAUGAAGAACAUGUUCCUCACCGCCAUCAUCACAGUCAUCUUCUUCACUGUCUUUGUGCAAGGAAUGACAAUCAGGCCUCUGGUGGAGCUUCUGGCUGUGAAGAAGAAGAAGGAGAGCAAGAGAUCCAUUAAUGAAGAGAUUCACACACAGUUUCUAGAUCAUCUCCUCACAGGAAUUGAAGACAUCUGUGGUCAUUAUGGACAUUAUCACUGGAAAGACAAGCUGAACCGCUUCAAUAAGACCUACGUGAAGAGGUGGCUGAUCGCAGGCGAACGCUCCACCGAGCCUCAGCUCAUCUCCUUCUACAACAAGAUGGAGAUGAAACAGGCCAUGAUGCUGGUGGAGAGCGGGAACACCGGCAAGCUGCCCGCCAUUAUGUCGUCCGUCUCCAUGCAAAACAUUCAGCCGUCGGCCAAACGACGGGCAAUACCGAGCAUCUCCAAAAGUCGGGAGCAAGAGAUCAGAAAGAUUCUGCGAGGCAACCUGCAGCAGACCAGACAGAGGCUUCGUUCCUACAGCAGACAUGACCUGAUGAUCGACCCGUUUGAGGACAACGUGAGUGAAAUUCGCCUCAGGAAGCAGCGGGUGGAGAUGGAGAGGAGGAUGAGUCACUACCUCACAGUUCCUGCAAACCGCCAGGAAACGCCGCCAGUGAGAAAAGUCUGCUUUGAACCAGAACACCAGGUUUACACUUAUGAUGACAGCGAGAGCCCCCGGGGCCAGAGGGCUCUGCCAGAUCCCAGCCCUCCUGAUGCCCUCAGCCUGCUGAAUGAACCCUCCCAAAGGCCCAAUCAGAGCAGAGAGCGGAGAGCCAAAGUGCCUGAGGAAGAACAAGACCAACUGAUACUAUCACGCUGCUUUAGUGACCCCGGGCCAAACAAGGAAGAGGAUCUCUCAUGAUGAAGCACAUAUUUACAGUUCUCUUCAUGAUCUCCUCACCUCAUCAUUCCUUCACAUCACCUGAAUGAAUGGGCUAAGCUUUACAUUUAUGAAGUAUUAUUCUUUUCCAUGUUCUGUUUUUGCGAUAUGAGCUUUUUAUCAUAUAAAAUAAUGCCAAGGCAUGCACCACUGAAUAUUUGCUAUUGCAGGAUUAAUUACAGCCUGAAAGGAGCAAAGUUUUGGCAUUUUGUGUCUUAACAAUCAGACUUGCAUCAAAUAGUAAAAAACAAAAAAAAAGACAGAGCACUUGUUUUAACAAGCUUGAAGCACCAGAUGGGUGGAGUUUACCCCCUCAAAGCACAGUAUAAAGAAUCUAUAAAGCCGAGCUCAAGCGAUAAAGCGUCUCGGCUGAUGUUAUAGAUUUUAUUACUAUUGCAGAUAUAUCAGUGUUGGCAUAUGUAUCGACCAAUGAGUAGCAAGAAAUUGCUGCACAUAAAAUACCAAAUAAAUGUUUGAGGUUU